UUUAACAUAUUAGUUUUAGCUAAGUAGUAAUGACACAUGAUUAUAUCACUUGUUAAAUGGUUGUUUAACGAUAACAUUCAGUCCUGUAUUCCUGAUUCAGUUUGUUUGCAGAUUCGAUGUGCGCUCACGCGUGACUCGCACUACUUCAGUUUGAAGAAGAUGUCAGGCCCGACCCAGGCACAGAGUCAGGAGCUUAUUCCUGGAUGUUCAACACCUCGGUCUUGUGAGUUCGUUUCUGUGGCCACAGGUUCGGCUCACAGGAAGAGAGAGAUGCAGAGGUCAGAUGAUGGACGUCCGUCCACUUCAUCCAAACACUAUCGCAUAGGCCGCUUCAGAUGCAGGACAGUUGUUUCCAGGAGCAGUAACAACAGAUCUGAGAGCCAACAUGAACCAGGCAGUGACGGAAACAGGAGUUUGUCCAGAUGCGACAGCUUCCAGUGGAUGUGUCCUCCACUGCCUGGUCAAGUUCCCAUCGAGCCAACCGACAUUUCUAAUGUCCCGACUGCUCAUGGUGCCGUGGAGGCUUCACCUGUGAACAAGAGCUCGACAGAAAAACCUACAAAACGAAAGAAGAUGAAAAGAAUUCGUUCAUUCCUCAGGAACGUGUGGACGGCUGUAAAGAGUCCGUCCGGCUGCUGUUCUGACAGUAAAGCUGUGGAUGUUGUGGAGCCUUUCGUUCCUCCACUAGAUCUGGACUCGGAGCCUGAUUCUGAUCCAGAUCACUCCGACAGCCUCAACAGUAGUGUGUCCAGUUCCGACAGCCUCAACAGGAGUUUGUCCAGAUCCGACAGCUUCCAAGAGGGGAUCUGUCCUCCACCGCCUAGUCAAGUUUCCAUCGAGCCAACCGACACUUCUAAUGUCCCGACUGCUCAUGGUGCCGUGGAGGCUUCACCUGUGAACAACAGCUCGACAGAAAAACCUACAAAAGGAAAGAAGAUGAAAAGAAUUCGUUCGUUCCUCAGGAACGUGUGGACGGCUGUAAAGAGUCCGUCCGGCUGCUGUUCUGACAGUAAAGCUGUGGAUGUUGUGGAGCCUUUCGUUCCUCCACUAGAUCUGCUCUCGGAGCCUGAUUCUGAUUCACGUCAGUCCGGUGUCGAGCCAAAUCAUGACUCCUUCAAGUCUCUCUAUAACGCGGGAGAGAUGAUUGGAUGCGGAGGAUACGGAAGAGUGUUCAAAGGAACACGGAAAUUUGAUGGCAAAAAGGUUGCUAUCAAGCGGAUGCGCAAGACUUCCGAGGAUCUUUAUCUCGCUAUUCCUGGGCAUCCCAAACCUCUCAUUGCAGAAGUGGCUGUGCUGCUAAUGAUGAGGGAAGAACCCGUAAGCCCGUACGCCAUACAACUACACGAUUGGUUUGAGCACCCUCGAAAAUUCACCCUGGUGAUGGAGUAUCCCGAACCCUGCGAGAGCUUGCUGGACUUCAUCUAUGAUAAUCCUCAACUGGACGAAUCAACAGCACGGCUCAUCAUGCGACAGGCUGUGCAGGCAGUGCAACACUGCAUUGAGCAUAAUGUCUUUUACAAUGAUAUUCAUGCGGACAAUUUCCUGGUGAAGAAAGACACUUUAGAGCUCAAGCUGAUCGACUUUGGCUCUGGACAGAUACUUAAUAGUGAUGGGUAUGACAGCGACGUUUACAUUGGAGUAAAGUUUUACUUCCCACCUGAAGUCCUCACAGAGCCUUGGUUUCACCCCGUCCCAGUAAAUGUUUGGGCUCUAGGAGUGUUGUUGUACGAGAUGGUGAACACAUGUCCUCCUUUUCAGAAUCCAAAGGAAAUCACAAAAGCCAAAGUUAGAUUUCAGAAUGCCAACUUAUCCAACGGGUUGGACACACCAUCCAGUCUAUAAAGAACACUGGUUUAAAUGCAGGAUUGGAUGGAUAUCAUCCUGACAG